AAAAUACAAAAAAUAAAAUUAAAAAAAAGUAUAAAUAAAAAAAAAAAUUUUAAUUUAUAUAACAAAUUAGAAAGAAACAUAUAAAAUAAAUAAAAGAAAAAUGGAACCAAUAAUUGAAAAAGAUAUUAAUGUUUGGUAUAUUACAGGAUGCACCAGCGGUGUUGGUUUAGGAUUAGUCGAAAAACUAUUAAAAAAUCCAAAAAAUAGAGUUACCGGUACAAGUAGAGAUCUCAAAAAAAUUGAAUCAUUAGCUAUUUCAUCAAAUCCAAACUUUUUAGGUAUUCAAGUUGAUAUUUUAAAUGAAGAAAAUGUUAAAGAAUCUGUUGAAAGAACCAUUAAGCAUUUCGGUGAUUUAACUCAUGUUGUUAAUAAUGCAGGAUAUGGUAUUGUUGGUGCUGUUGAAGAAGGCUCAGCCAAGGAAUAUCAAGAUCUAUUUGAAACCCUCUAUUUCUAUCCAUUAAGAGUAAUUAGAUCUGUUUUACCACAUAUGCGUUCAAAGAAAAAUGGUUAUAUAUUUAACAUUAGUUCAGUUGCUGGUUUUAAUGCCCAUGGUUUCUUUGGUGCCUACAGCGGCGCUAAAUUUGCAAUGGUCGGUACCUCACAAUCUUUAGCCGAUGAUGUUAAACCAUUCAAUAUUAAAGUUGCAUGUGUAAUUUUAGGUUAUUUCAAAACCAAUUUCCAAACCAAUAUGGUCACUGAUGCUGGUUUUGUUAAAAAUUUAAUUCCAGAAUAUAACACAAAACAAAUUUGGAAUCAAUUUAUUACUCCAAUGUUAGAGAAAUUAGUUCCAGGUGAUGUUAAUAAGUUUGCUGAUUUAAUAGUUGACCACUAUGCAGUACAACCACAAUUACCAUACAAUUUAUUCAUUGGACCAAAAGAUGGUGCUUUUGACCCUUCAUACUUAAAGAUUAAAGAACUCGAGCAACAAUUAGACUCUCAAGUUGAAUUAAAUUCAAAUGUAGUUUUAAAUUAAAUUAAUUAAAUUUUACAAAAAAAAAAAAUAAAAAAAAUAAAAAAACUUAAUUUUCUGU